UAUCUACAGUCUAGUACUAAAACAAGAAAAGAUGAGAGUGUGAGGGACGCAAGAAAACAAUUAGUAAAAAAGUUAGGACAAUAUUUGAUGAAACCAAAGCUUCAAGGCAAUUUCUCGUUGUCCAUCAUUCUCUCUUGACAAAGAUGGACAGCCGACAAGCCAAGCGGAAUAGUGGUUUGUGGACUUUGGUUGUUCAGUGGAGAAAGAGAUGACUUGACCCGACAGGUUGACACACAACGCAAUGCCGAUACGAGGAAGUUUCUCUAUUCAAUUUACAUGCUGUCAUUUUUUUCAUUGCCUUUUCUUUUAAACAACCAAUCUUUUGUGAGAAACGAAGAAUUUGAAACAAACCCAGCUCAUCUGUUCAGCUUUGGAGGAUAUGAAACGAGCCCUUUUUAGUCCUGGUGAAUCUGAGGCAAGGGUAGUUCAUCCCAGGAGAAUCUGAGACAAACCCAGUUUUGCCCUUUUGUACCUCUUGAAGCUAUGCAUGUUUAUUACAGGCAUGAGCUGGAGAGUCCGUGGCAGACCCGUCUCACUUUCCAGGUUUGCAUCUGCUUACUUUGAUUGAAUCGAUUCGAGAAAGAUGGGUUCUUUUGGGAUUUCAAGGGUGAGGCAAUGUUCUUUUCAGCUUCUGUUGUUAAAUCAGCUUGUAGUUGAUUUGUUUGGUCCUAAUUAUGUUUAUAGAAUAUCUAGUGUUCAGUGAUUGUGCUGUUUAGGUUAAUACAGGCAUAAUACAAUUUUGAAUUGCUUGCUAAAGCCAUAAAUAGUCAGGUGAAGCGGUAUGAUGCCUGAAUUAAGUGAUUCAUGCUUGUUUCUCGCUCUUCCUGAUGAUGUAUUUACCAUUAUAUGCCGGUUCCUUUCGACAAGGGACAUCUGUACUCUAAGUCUUUGCUGCCGGAGCUUAUAUGUUCUUGUGGCAUCUGAGAAAGUCUGGCUCACCCAAUGUGACAUGGUAGGAAUUGUCCCUCACCGGGAUCUCCUGGAGUGGCGGAAGGGCGUGUCAUCUUACAGGGCAUUAUGUCGCUUCCUUGUUAGUGUUAAGCCGUUAGUUGGAAUCUGGGUUCACCAAAAUCCCGAGCUUGGUAAUGUAGUUUAUGUCAUGCCAGGUUUUGUAUCUGUUGUUGGAUGCCGGAUUUUACCUCAGGAGUUAGGCCCUUUAGGUAUCGAGGAGGGUCCUAUUUUAUGGGCACCGGUGUUUGAAAUAAUAGGUGACCUUGAUGGUUCCACAACAUUUUUCCUACAUGGAAGAGAGAAAGGGAAUGACUAUGUUUAUCCUGGUUCAGUCAAGUCUGUUGAGAGGAAUUGCAAUGUCCUGCUGCUUGAGGUUGACCCUAGGCAACAGAAGAGUAAAUUAUUCCCUAAUAAGAGCUUUGCCUAUAACUCAGAUAGGGAGCUAGCAAGAAAGGUUUCUAGGUCACGUGGUGAAUUGCCAGGGUCACAGAGGAUGAUCAUACAAUGUGAGGCUCAGGUGCCUUUUAGCCGCUUGGCUUUCAGUGACAGAAGAAAGUUGAUUGAGGUUGUCACAACCCAAGUUGGUCAAAAGGUAUCCGAUUUGGCAAAUAGUCUGCUAUUUCCUUGGUUGAGGAAUGAUGAAGAGAAUUUUCAGAAAGAUUUGGCACUCUUGUUUGAACGGAGAUCAGUUCUUUUGAAAAUGUAUAAUCUUGGUCAAGGCUUCAACUGGAAGGAAGCUCCUGAAGUGCCUUUUGAUCCUAUGCAACUGCAAUUGAGUGAGGUUAGGAAGAUUCUUGAUCAGUCGAGUGGGUCUCUGAACGAGGAUGAUAAUCAGAUGCAGUCCAACACUAAGAGAACCCUUGGUGGGUAUUUCAGAGCAAGCAUCAGACAGAUUUUGGGGAAGCCCCCCUCCAUAAAUGGUAGCCACACACAUUCCAAGCACAGUUGUUCAAGGAGUGAGAAAAAACAUGCACCGCUGCAUGAUUUUUUAAGGUCAGGUGAUACAAUAGGGUUGACAUUACAUGCCACUGUGGUGAGGUUAUCUUCUUAUCGCGCAUGGCCGAAUAUGCAUGACAGCCGGUUUGCCCUAUACAAAUUACCCAUGCGGGGUCCAAGAGCUGAUGAAGAAUAUGCUGGUUUAUGGGGAGGGACUUUUGGUUGGCCUCCCGGGAAGCCCACUGAAGACAAGCCUGGAAAGGCUCUGUUCUUUCUUUUGGUCUCUUAUGAGGAGUCUGAAGGAAAAAGAAAUCUCAUCGCUACUAAGAUAUUAGAAGGCACCCAUUAUGUUCUGCAUCCAAAUGGCUCAGCAAUGUUCAUAGUUAAUAUUGAUGAACCUUUAUACGAUCCAUUUCCUUGGGAUGUUGAUGAAAAUUCCUUUCCUUUGAUCAUUAAGCAUGCAUUUGCAGGGGAGGGUAUAGCAAAUGGGUAUGGUUUCAGAUAUCCAGGCUCAAAGCCUGGUUCCCUCUUUGUAAUUGAAAAUGGUCUCCUUGUCUUUGUUUGGAAGGAGUCGAGAACUGUCUUGACCAUGCAGAGACUGAACUUACAAGAGCUUUUGAAGAAAGGUGAACGGGUGCCUGCUUUACCUCCCAUUAACAACUUUUCAUACUUGACCAAGUCCUAUUCAAAUGUCUUUACUGGCUUCUCAACUGCCUCAGCUUGUUUGUCUUCACCAAGUCUUUCUGUGUAAGGCAAGGGAUAAGAAAUGAUUGUAGAAAACUCUCAGCAGGCUUUACCUUCAAGGCAAGGGAUAAGAAAUGAGUUCGCGUUGAGUUUAAGUGGUUAAACUCUUGUACUUUACUUUCCCUGCACACUGGGUUGAUUUCAUAACAUUGGUUACGGGAAAAGAAUCUAGAAUGCUGGCUUUGGUAAAAAUGUUACUUGGUAAAGUUGGAGAAUGAUGUGCUUUUAAAUAAUAGUUCAUUUAGUCAAAGCUUCUCAGCUGUGCUCCCUUGUUUCUCGUUGACAGGCAAAGAAACUUAUAGGCAUUGAAAGCAGAGUCCAAAAACCAAAGGGUUAUUACAAAUCCAUAAAAGCUGAGGUGUCCUCGGUUGCUGAGUUGAUGGUUCAACACAUUUUCGCUGGUGCCUUGCUGUUGCUCAUUGAUGGUCAAAGUGAUAGUCAAUGUUGCCUCGUUCCACCAUACCCCUUCUCUUGGAUUAUAAGGGUUAAGGUGGUUCUUAUGAAUCCUAUCUUGAGACAAGCAUCGAGUAGGAUUAUAUUAUUUUUAUGACAAUAAACGUAAGGUAUAAGCCUCUAAUAUUGCAAGUAAAUAAUUUGGUGUGUUAAUUAAUGAUUGGUAGAAGGAUGAGAGAUUGAAUAAACUGGCUUGGCAAAUGCAUUUGGAUUGUAUAAUUAAAAAUGGAAAUGCUCCAUAUCUUAUAUUUUCUGGUUUA